AUGAGCAAUCUGAAAGGAACAAGCAGGGUUAUGGUCAUUACAAUACUCAUAGCAGCAUGUGUGUUUAUGAACAGCAAUAUAGCGGCUGGAAAAUAUAUUGGAUAUCCACCAAUACGUCGUGGCGAUAAUCCUCCUGGCUGUGAUCCUAAAUACCCUGGCACAUGUAAACCCACGCAACCAGCAAAUCCGUACAGACCUGGAUGUUCGCCCGGGAAAAGAUGUAGACAUGUCCCGCCACUUCCUCCAAGAAUCAAUAUCUAG